AUGGGUAAGUUAAGUAUUUGUACUCAAACUCUUGUGUCGACAAAAUGUAUUUGGAUGACUGUGGCUGCCUUUGGUUUACCCAUAGGACUUCUAACAAAUUAUAAUCCGGACUUAAAACAGGAGUCGAAAUGUGCUUACGUUAUCAUAGUUAUGGCCUUGUUGUGGCUUACGGAGGCGUUACCAACAGCGGUGACGUCACUUCUUCCUGUGUUCCUGUUUCCGAUGGUAGGCGUUGCUCCGGCAAGAUUGAUUAGCUCCACCUACUUUUCGGACAUAUCGAUGCUGUUUCUUGGAGGUCUGCUCAUUGCUAUGGCCCUGGAGGAGACGAGACUUCAUACCAGGAUAUCCCUAUACGUCUUGGUUCUUGUAGGAGCUCAGCCAAUCAUGUUAGUGCUUGGGGCACUGGUAUCAACCUGGUUGCUGUCUUUCUGGAUAAACAACACAUCAGCCACCGCCAUGAUGAUUCCUAUCAUAUUGGCCGUGUGUGAGUCUGUCCGGGAAGUCAAGGCUCAGACAGAUUUACAGAUAAAUGAGAAUCCAGCCUUUGAACUUACGGAAGAAUUUGAUGAAAUUAGUGCAGAGAACUCAAAACAACGAUAUGAAUUUGCCAUAAAUAUGCCGAGGUCCAGUUUAACUGUCACUAAAAAGAUCGAUUGCGAAAAUAUUAGAGAGGAAAAUGUGGAAUUGGACAAUGAGCACGAGGACGACACGAAUAGAACACCAUCAGAUAAGAAGAAGAAAGAUGAAGCGUUUAAGGCUCUUGCAAAAGCACUUUCUUUGAGCGUGGCAUACGGAGCAUACUUUGGCGGAAUUGCAACUAUAACUGGGACACCAGUAAAUCUUGUUCUGAAAGACGUCGCCGACAAGUUUUACAGAGAUAACGGCCAUAAUGAGUCCCCAAUAACGUUUGCAUCCUGGAUGGGAUUCGCUCUUCCGUUGUCCUGUAUGACUCUCGUCUUCGGUUGGUUGUGGUUGUCGUUCCGUUUUCUGGGUUUCAGCUGUUUGAAGAGAAUGGACCCUGUUAAAAAAUCAGCAUUCAAUGCGGCGAUCAAGAGGCGAGCUGAAGCUCUUGGACGUAUAUCAUUUGGUGAGGGCCAAGUUGUGAUUGUUUUUGUUUCCAUGGUCUUAUUGUGGCUGUUCCGAAAUCCUCCAAUCAUUUCUGGAUGGGGCGACUUGUUUGUUGAUACAGACAUCAACGACGGACAGAGCCUAGUUUCCGACUCCACGCCAUGCAUCCUUUUGGGAACCUUGCUAUUUAUCCUUCCGGAAAAGAGGCCAAACAUUCUGUGCUGGAGGAAAGGCAAACCUUCCUACACGCCUAUCCUUAAAUGGCAGGUGGUGACCAAGCGGCUACCAUGGGGUGUUCUCAUACUUGUGGGAGGCGGGUUUGCAAUGGCUCGAGCGAGUCAGGAAUCCGGUCUCUCUACUUGGAUAGGCGAGCAGCUCAAGUUACUUGGCGGUUUUCAUCCACUUGUGAUGGACCUUCUAAUUCUUACAGUGGUUUCCUUUAUAACCGAACUGAUGAGUAACUCAGCAACGGUACAACUGGUUGUGCCGAUUUUGAGAGAUAUGCCCCUAUCUCUUGGAACAAAUCCUCUACACCUGAUGAUAUCAGGAACAAUAGCAUGUUCGUUCUCGUUCAUGCUGCCAGUAUCUGCGCCAUCAUGCGCCAUGGCAUUUGCGACUGGAUAUAUCCCUAUUCAAGACAUGGCCUUAGCUGGGUUGCCAAUGAAGAUAAUUGGCAUAGGCUGUACAAUGUUAGCUGUGAAUACAUGGGGCACAACCAUGUUUGAUCUUGAUACGCUGCCUGAUUUUCUGCAGAAUAACACCACAAACACUACAACGACAACGAUACAAUCUGUAUGA